GGAGCCUUGGGCAGAGAGCGAGCGUUUUGUGCGGGCGCGGACCGCCUGCUUUUGUUUGGCGCUCGCAGUGAUGGCACUGACCGGGCAGGAGGACUACGUCUACAUUUACAAUGAUUUUUCUCACCCGGGGGAUUUGCUGGAGGCGUUCCGCACGUUUUACCUGGACGGCUUAUUUACGGACAUCACUCUUCAGUGCGCUUCUGGGGUCAUCUUCCAUUGUCACCGAGCUGUGUUAGCAGCUUGCAGCAAUUAUUUUAAAGCGAUGUUCACAGCCGACAUGAAAGAGAAAUCUAAAAAGCAGAUCAGACUCCCCGGGCUCAGCCACAUCAUACUGGAAGCCCUGGUGAAUUAUGCAUACACAGCACAGAUCCAAAUAACAAAGAGAAACGUUCAGAGCCUGCUCCAGGCUGCAGACCUCCUCCAGUUCGUGUCGGUGAAGAAAGCCUGCGAGCAGUUUCUGGUUAGGCACCUAGACACGGACAACUGCAUAGGGAUGCACUCCUUCGCCGAGUACCACAAUUGCUCGGAGCUGGAAAAGGAGUCGCGGCGGAUAUUGUUGUGGCAGUUCGAGGACGUGUGGAAGCAGGAAGAAUUUCUGGACAUCGGCAAGGAGAAGCUCUUCUUUAUUCUCUCUAGGGAGAACCUCAACGUUUGGCAAGAGAAGACAGCCAUCGAAGCUGUCGUUAAGUGGGUUGCACACAACGUGGAAGAAAGAAUUGAAUGCAUCUAUGAGCUGCUGAGCUGCGUCAAAAUAGACUUAGAUAGCAUGUAUUUAAGGUCAGCUUUAAGCCUACAAAAAAAAUGCCGACUAAAUGAUAAUAAGAUCAGGUCACUCGUAUACAAUGCACUAAACCCCAGCCCCAAAGGCGUUUCCAAAAGACCCACAGCAGUCAUGUAUGUGAUUGGAGGAUAUUACUGGCAUCCCUUAUCAGAAGUGCACGUGUGGGAUCCUUUAACCAACGCUUGGGUGCAGGGAACAGACAUGCCAGAUCACACCAGAGAGAGCUACGGGGUCACUAACUUGGGCCCCAACGUUUAUGUGACGGGAGGUUAUAGAACUGAGAGCAUCGAAGCCCUCGACACCGUGUGGAUUUAUAACAGCGAACGAGAUGAGUGGACAGAAGGCUGCCCCAUGCUUGAUGCAAGAUACUAUCACUGCGCAGUUUCUUUGGGUGGCUGCGUCUACGCGUUGGGUGGCUACAGAAAGGGAGCUCCGGUACAAGAAGCCGAGUUCUAUGAUCCUUUAAAAAAGAAAUGGGUUCCUAUUGCAAACAUGAUCAAAGGAGUCGGAAAUGCCACCGCCUGUGUCCUGCAUGAAAUCAUCUAUGUAACUGGAGGUCACUACGGGUACAGGGGAAGCUGCACCUAUGAUAAAAUCCAGAGAUACCAUUCAGGUAGCAAUGAAUGGAGUAUAGUCGCCACAAGUCCGCACCCAGAAUAUGGAUUGUGUUCAAUUACAUUACAAAACAAGAUCUAUUUUGUGGGUGGACAGACCACGAUCACGGACUGCUAUGACCCAGAGCAAAAUGAAUGGAAGCAGAUGGCUCACAUGAUGGAGAGAAGGAUGGAGUGUGGCGCGGUGGUUUUGAAUGGAUGCAUCUAUGUAACGGGAGGAUAUUCCUAUUCAAAAGGAACAUACCUACAGAGUAUUGAGAAAUACAACCCUGAACUUAAUAAAUGGGAAGCAGUAGGUAAUCUCCCCAGUCCUAUGCGUUCACAUGGCUGUGUCUGUGUGUACAAUGUCUAAACAAAUUUAGUUUUCAUAUUGCUGUUACAGAAAACAGCAGAUGCAGUAUUCCCAGUAGUACUGCUUACCUCAUCAAUGAGAUGUCUACCAUAAUCCCUUAGGUCAUAUUCAUUGAAAACUAUGUAUAACCUAUCUUUAUUUUAAAUGAUUCAUAGAUGAUUCACAGGUCCAUAUUCAUAUUGAUUUAAUGAUUAAUGGAUUCAUAGAUUCCUAGAUUCAAAGAUAAAUGCAGUAACAAUGUUUCCGUAUAUUUUCAGUCCAAACAUUCUCUGUCGUAAAAAUUUUCAAAUGAUUCUCUUAUAGUGUUUUUUGUAGCCAUAGAGGAAUGACUGUGAAAAACAUAAUUUAUUUUCAUUAAUACCUGAGUGGAACUAUAGUCUGGUGCUAAGGUGAGUAAAACCAAACAAAAUACACUGUAUUUCUGUGGACGACUGGGUUUAAGGUGAAAUCUCUGAUGCUCUGAAGAUAGCUAUAGAAAUUGUUCAUUGUCACAGGAUAAGCGUGUGGUACAUACACAGCAGUAUCACUUUGAGGACUGGAUUACCACAUCCAGAAGCAUUGGGCAAUUAUCCUCUAAAUCUAAUUAUUCCUCUAAUAUGCCUUAAGAUGCGGAAAUGAGAGGAGUACAUGGGGGAAGAAAUGACACAUGGUAGCCCAGCAGCACAAAGAGAAAGUGUGCGUUAGUUUUCCAGAAGCCGAGCAAUGCUCUGCAGUAAAGAACCAUUA